CUCUACCGUAGGCCAGCUUCUGAGGUGAUUUCAAUAUCCUGGGGUCGCUACCAUAUCCUCCAGCAUACUUAUAGCCGAUCAAAGGAACUACAAUAGUCAAAACAGACCUGUCUCGCAGCCAAUUAGACGCCAGUUGCAUGCUUAGACAAACGGCCAUCAGCCUGGAGUCGUUUGAAGCUGUGGAGCCAUGGUUUACCCGACUUGCCGGGGUAUGUCCCGACAAGUGGCAAGCUGUGCACUACGUGUGUAACGGCGCAUUGCCCCGCGUGGUGUGGCCUAGGAGGUGUCUGAGUUUCUUCCAAGACUGUUACUUGGUCGGUGACACCGGCACGCAAAGUGAGUUCGCUUUGGUUGUCGCCCCCUCACUUUAAACCCACAAUCACUGCCGGCGUCCAUUACUUAUCUGUGUGUUGCGAGGCAUCAGAAAGCAGCGGAUGUCGUCCUGUCUUGAAAAUGAGGACUUUGUGUAAAUGUAUGAGAAAGAAAAGCUUCUGUGAUGACAGACGAAUGUAGAAGUUGGAUAAACACAGACAAGGUCAAAGUUGAAGCCUGCUCACAAAACAUCCGGCGGUGUGCAGCUUGGUUAGCGGUGACUACGUUGUCGUCUACACCUGCGGACUAAAACGGGACACCGUCAUCGUCAUUAUCAUCGUCAUCAAGUCUACGACGGGCGUGUCCAUCAUGUCGCAGCACAGCAGACGCAGUUCUGUGAGUUCCCAGGGGAGAACACGCCGGGAUUCCGCAGCUGGGUUAUCCCGCUUGACGAGUAUGACUCGCCGAGACAGCUCUACUUCCGUCGGAACUGGGAGACUUGGCAUGCUAGCCUCUGCUCUAGCUCUCAGGCGAAAAGUGUCCUCUGUACUCGCUGUCAAGGAAAGCAAGGCCAAGGAUUAUUGGAAGAAACUACGCUUCUGGAUGCACAUUAUCUACGUCUUAGCGAGGAUAGUGAAAACACUGACCCGCACCGCCAUCAAAGACCCGGCAAGCCCUUUCUACUCCCCCGAGGAUGACUUGCAUGAUCUCACACCCAGCAGUGUGGACAAGGACCACUACAUGUUCUUCGAUCCCUCGUUCUUCAAGGCCAAUAGACAGAUGCGAAUGUCACAAGAAGCGGUGCGAAUUCUGACAAAACCACCAGCUGAUCGAUCAGCGGCUGAAAUUCAAUUUAUCAUCACUAGUUUUCGAGGAAUCAGCACCAUUGCUGAAUUACCUGUGCGAAUGCAGAAGAACUUGGCAAGAUUCGGUUACUUCGAAUGCUACGAAGCCAAGCGGAUGAUUCUCAAACAAGGCCGUAAACCCAUGGCCUUCUACUUCAUUUUGUACGGAAAAGUGGUGGAGGCAGUCAAAGAUGAUGAAACGGGCUUGGCAAAGAUCGUCUGCCACAUGCAGCGAGGAGAGUCUUUUGGGGAGCUGGCGAUCAUCAACCACAGCGUCCGCUGCUCGUCUGUUCUGACCCAGUCUUACACAGAGCUCCUCGCCAUACCCGACUCUGACUACCAGCGAAUCUACAUGAUUGGGAACAGUAGUAAAUCAACCAAUGAUCCUGACCUUCACCAGUUCCUGAGUUCUUUGGCGUUUUUGAGAGGAUGGCCAGUGGAGAAGGUCACUGACGAUGCGGACCCACACAACGUCACCUUUGGUUACUUCAAGCGGAAAGCAGUCGUGGUGAAAGAUAGCAAUGUCUGUGACUGGCUAAUCGUCGUGAAGUCGGGCGCGGUGUCCGUACUGAAAAGGUUGGCCAAAGUGAAGGCCACGGUGUCCAGGCGCACAGGUCAAUACAAGCGCACGACCAGCACCUCCAGGUACCUGAGCUUCCUCGGUCAUGCCAAAGACUACGCCAGAUGGCUACACUACCAUUCUAUCUCCCUCCCCCCUCCCCUGUCUGUCACCGACAAUGAAGACGGGUGUGAUGUCAGCGAAGACAAGUCAGAUGAACUCUGUCUCGAAGGAGUUGGAAGAGACUAUAAAGAGGAGGAAGAAAACGAAGAGUUUAACCACUGCGAUGACAUGGCCAUUCAAGCUGUGUCCCGCGCCAUGCGCCCACACACAGGUCACGUGGGCAACCAGACUGACAUAAGAACCAGGCUCCGUAAAGCUUGGUCAGCCAAGGACGGUGGCUCUAGAGCAGCCAGGAUGUCAAGGACUGGCAACUUCAAAACAGUGAAAAUUAAGUUUGACAUGGAAACUGCAGCAGUCAACACAAAUGACCAGAGGACAUUAGCUGACAACAGGUCAUGCACAGAUAACUCGGACUCGCGUUCCAGUGCAAGGGAGGUCCGAGGGCUCGCGGCGGCGGCGGCGGAGGUGAACCCUCAGUUUGUCCUUGUGCACACGCUCACAAAAGGAGAUGUCUUCGGUCUGUCGUCUCUCGUCUUCCUUGACCAGCCCAGCUUGUGUCUUGUUAGUAACGGCGCCGAGUGCCUUCUCAUCAAAAAGCGGUUUUACCUGGACAACUGCCCGCCAGACCUCAUGCGCAGACUUAAAGUUGAGGUGUCACCCUACCCAAGUGAGAAGAAACUUCAGCAGGACCUGGUAGAUCGGGUCAACUGGGAUAUAUACAAGAGUGUUGUCAGACGACAAGUGACAGGACAUAAACAGUUAAAAGUUCCAACGUUGAGGUUUCCUGCAACCCUUGCUAAGUGUUGAGUCAUGGUCGCAUGUUUGUGUUAUAUCUAGGGAACAUGUACCAAAGAAGGCAAAUAUUUUGUGAUUGUCUUACUUUUCUUUUGAUACCAUGAGUGCUGCCACU